ACCAUCAGAUCGAAAUCUUCCAUGGCCAGAAACCCGGUCACCGCCAUCAUCAUCCCUCUGUGUAUGUUUCCCUUCUCACCGCCAAGACUCAAUGAAUCUGCGGGAAAGCUGCCUAAAGCAAACGAAACCCCAAAAUCCGAGCAAAACCAAAAUCCUCCUCGCACAAAAAACCUGCUAUCAAGGAGAGGUUUGAGUGGCCGACGACGAGAAGGUCAGAUUUGGGCCACAGCGCGUGAGGUUCUGCCACCUUUCUGACUAGAACUCCGGCUGAGUAGCUCACCGGGGCCCUCUGAGAAAGUUUCUGAUGUUGCGUCUUGGAUUAUGGCACAAUUUUGUUGCAGAUCACUGUUCACCUGGGCAGUCCUAGGGAUGAGGUGGUCUUUUGAGAUGUGACAGCUUAGCUACUUAUGAUUCUAAAUACUUAUCAAGUUUGUGCAAGCGAACAAGUUUGUAAUCUAAAUGAUGGAGUUAUGUACAGUACUGAUGUAGGGAAGUUGUGAAGUUGUUUACAGAAUAAGAUUCUCAGCUUUUGUAUUCUUUGGCCAUAAUUUUUUGUGUUCUGAAUGUAUAUUUCCCAUCAAUUUUGCUUCCGUAUAUGAUUUAGCUGAGUUUUGGGUUGUUUGUUCAGGGUCACAAGAGUUUUGUCCCAAAUAUGAUCAGUGGAGCAGCUCAAGCAGAUAUUGCUGUUCUGGUUAUUUCUGCCCGUAAAGGGGAAUCCAAAACUGGAUAUGAGAGGGGUGAGCAAACCCGUGAACAUGUUCAGCUUGCAAAAACUUUGGGCUUAUCUAAGCUGUUUGUGAUUGUGAACAAAAUGGAUAAUCCCACUGUUAACUGGUUAAGAGAAAGAUUUGAUGAAAUUGAAUCUAAGAUGGUACCUUUUCUGAGGUCUUCAGGCUACAAUGUGAAAAAAGCAACAUGAAAACAAGACUGGACAAGAGCAUAUGCCCCUAAUGGAAUGGCCCUGCCUCUUUGAAGUUCUUGAUGCAGUUGAAAUUCGUCCUAGAGAUCCAAAAGGUCCUUUUAGGAUGCCUAUAAUUGACAAAUUUAAAGACAUGGGAACUGUCGUAAUGGGAAAGGUUGAAUCUGGUACCAUGUGUGGGGGUGAUUGCUUAUUGGUCAUGCCAAACAAGGUACAUCCACCGGACUCUCCUUGCUUAUAAUGUCAUUGAAGAAAGCUUGCAAGUACUGAUCCUCCCAACGAUUUCAAACCAACAAAUACCGAGAAGCUCUGCACCCUCAGGAAACCUGAUUGUAAUUAAGCAUGAAUUAUAGACAUUAAUCUUCACAUAUUUAUUCAUUUUUAGUUCGAGAAGACACUUAAAAACAAUCAACUACAUGCUUGAAUUCUUUUGGUUGGGUGUGAGUGAAACUGUGUCAUGCAUCCCUUUUGUCUGCAUUUUCUGUGUGGUGUUUGCAUGUGUGUGUGUGUGAGCUGGAAUCUCGUAUGGAGUUCAGAGAGAGAGAGAAACCUGGAAUCUUGUAUGGAGUUCCAACUCCAAUAACGAGGAGUAUCACCCCAUGUAAUUGCGAGGUCCCUAGCAGCUAGCAAGUAACAUUUCUUCCCACUCCUUUUGUGCAGUGAAAAGCUGUAUGCAAUACAGUCCAAACAAUGAAAUCUUACAAUAUGCAUAUAUUGAGCGAAUGCAUAUCGAGUCAAGUACCUUGCUGAGUGAGAAACUGAAAAAGAGCCAAUGAUUAACACUACCUAAGAUUGUAAGAUUUAGGACCGUAAGAUUUUAUUAAGAAAACAUGUACUCCCUCUUUUCUAGUCUGAUUUAGUUAUUCUAGUUUGAAUUUUGCAUAAAGUUUGGCUGUAUGUAAAUCAGAAAAGUGAUGUGUAGUCUGUCCUCAUACUGUCAUUCUGUAAAACUGUAACCAAGGGGCGG